CAGAAGAUCUUUCUUUCUUUAUGAAUGAAAGAGAAUCUAUGCUCAGUGCUCACCAUAUGUUUGUUCCUCUGCGGCCCCCACAAAAACAAAAAAAUAACCCACCAAACAACAACAUAAUGCUCUCUCUCUCUCUCUCUCUCUCUCUCUCUCUCUCCAGUAUUAGUUUCAGUUUCAGUUUCAGUUUUUGCUACAUUAAUUUUAAAAGGUAAUGAAAGCAUGAUAUGAUACACAUAAUACCAACUUUUUAUUAUUUGAUUUUCUUUUAAAAGUUCUGAGUCCGAUGAUUAUAGCUUCAAAAUUCAGCAUAUAAACAAUAUAUUAUUUAUAUAUAUAUAUGCUCGCCGGCGAUGCCAACGCCGGUUAGCACAGCCAGGCAAUGCUUGACCGACGAGGCGGCUCGUGUUCUCGACGACGCCGUUGCCGUCGCUCGCCGCCGCAGCCACUCCCAGACUACCUCCCUCCACACAGUCUCAGCUCUCCUAGCUUUAUCCUCGUCAACGCUUCGCGAUGCCUGUUCACGCGCUCGGAGCUCGGCUUACUCGCCGCGCCUUCAGUUCAAAGCCCUGGAGCUCUCCGUCGGCGUGUCGCUCGAUCGGCUUCCGACUUGGAAGUCGGCGGCGGCGGAGGAGAAGGAGCCGCCGGUGUCGAAUUCUCUCAUGGCGGCGAUCAAGCGGUCUCAGGCGAACCAGAGAAGACACCCCGAGACAUUUCACUUGUACCAACAAAUGAUUCAUCAACAGAACCAAUCGUCGAUGUCGUGUGUUAAGGUCGAGCUCAAGCACUUCAUACUCUCGAUUCUCGAUGACCCGAUUGUUAAUCGGGUUUUCGGAGAAGCGGGUUUUCGGAGCUACGACAUCAAGCUCGCGGUUCUUCACCCUCCUCCGACUGUUUCCCAAUUCCCGAAACCUCGGUGCCCGCCUCUGUUUCUCUGUAAUUUUCCCGAUUCGGACCCCAAUCGCCGCGGAUUCAAUUUCCCCUUUGCUGGGUUGUCUGGGUCUGAAACCAAAGAUGCGAAUUGCAGAAGAAUUGGGGAGGUUUUGGUGAACAAAAAGGGGAAGAAGAACCCAUUACUGAUCGGAGUUUGCGCGAACGAUGCGCUGAGUAGCUUCAGAGACUGCGUUCAGAGAGGAGAAACAAGUGUAUUGCCAGCUGAAAUUGAUGGGUUGAGAUUAGUUUGUGUUGAAAAGGAGAUUUCUGAGUUUGUUGACAAAGGUGGAAGUAAAGAAAUAAUUGAUUUGAAGCUUAAAGAAGUGAGUGAUUUGGUGGAACAUUGUUAUUGUUCAGGGACUGGGAUUGUGGUUGAUUUUGGGGAUUUGAAGGUUUUGAUUGGGGAUGGUAUUUCAAUUGAUGCUGUGAACUAUGUGGUUUCACAACUGAAUAACUUGGUGGAGGUUCAUGGAGAGAAAUUGUGGUUGAUAGGAGCAGCAGGGAGUUAUGAGACAUACCUGAAGAUCUUAGCUCAGUUUCCUUCUUUGGAGAAAGAUUGGGAUUUGCAGCUGUUACCUAUCACUACUAGUUCAAGUGGAGGAUUAUCUUCAAAACCCAGCUUGAUGGGGUCAUUUGUUCCACUUGGUGGGUUCUUUUCUACACCAUCUGAUUUCAAGAAUCCAUUAAGUAGCACAAUUCAGUCCACUUGCGAUCCCUGCAAGGGGAAGUAUGAGCAAGAAGUUUCUGUUUUAUUGAAGGGAGGAUCGACUACUUCGGUUGCUGACCAGUACUCAGCAAAUUUGUCUCCUUGGUUACAGAUGGCUGAAUGUGAUGCAAGCAAGGUCGUGAAGGCCAAAGAUGAUGACACUGUAUUGAAUGCAGAAGUUAUGGGUCUACAGAAGAAAUGGAACAAUAUCUGUCAGCGUCUUGAUCCCAAUAUGCCAUUCCAUCCAGAUAUUUCACAGACCAAUUCACAAAUUCAACAUUUUGGGGGGUUUCAAUUUGGCGCGGAUAGGAUAGAAAGUAACAGUAAAGAUUCAUCUUCAAACGAGAUCAGAUCUUCCAAUCCAAUGGACAUACAGAAGAUUUCUUCCCUGCAACAAACUAUAGCAUCACCAUCUUCAGUUACUUCUGUGACCACAGAUUUGGGGUUGGGAACACUUUACGCCUUUGCUGGUCAAGAGCGUGGAAAACCCAGAAUUGAAGAUCACAAGAGUCGUCUUCACUUCUUUUCAGGUUCUGUUACUGCCGAGUUUGAUGGGUUCAGUGGCAAUUCAUCAGAUCAUAUUGCCUCUCCUUCGUCAUGCUCUGGUCCUGACUCGGGAGGGCAGGUAGAUCUGAAAGAUUUCAAGUCCCUUUGGAGAGUACUAACUGAAAAGGUUGGCCGUCUAGUUGAAGCCACUUGUACUGUUAGUCAAACUAUAUCGCGUUGCAGAACUGGACAUGGAAGGCUUCGUGGUUCAAAUCAGAAAGGAGACAUUUGGCUCAGCUUUCUUGGACACGACAAGGUGGGAAAGAAGAGAAUUGCUGUAGCACUCGCUGAGAUAAUGUUUGGGAGCAGGGAAAAUUUUAUUUCUGUGGAUCUGAGCUCUGAGGAUGGGUUAAGCCGUUCAUUCUCCAUCUUUGACCGCCAAAAUUUAAAUCAUUAUGAUGUAAAGUUUAGGGGAAAGACAGUUGUUGAUUAUAUUGCUGAGGAGUUGAGGAGAAAACCUCAUUCAGUUGUGUUUCUUGAAAAUGUAGAUAAGGCCGAUUUCAUGGCUCAGAGUAGCUUGUCGCAGGCUAUCAGAACUGGUAAAUUUCCUGAUUCGCACAGGAGAGAAGUAGGAAUCAACGAUGUGAUCUUUGUGACUACAUCAGAUACGACAAAGGUUAAGAAAGAAACUAUUUCCAGGAAAGAACAUGUUGAAUUUUCGGAGGAAAGAAUUUUAGGAGCCAAAGGCUGGCAAAUGCAAGUCUCAGUCGUAUGUGUUGCUGGUGAUACCACUAGAACCAACGGGAUCAUGAAUGUGUCGGUUAUACCAAGGAAAGGAAACUCAAUGCCAAUGUCUGGGAACAAAAGGAAGCUAAUUGACAUGAACGAAUCCAUGGAUCAGGACAAGACCUUGGAGAUACCAAAACAGGCUUAUAAGCCAUCAUCGGCAUCCUGCUUGGAUUUAAAUCUACCGGCAGAGGAGGCAGAAAAUAAUGAUUUUGGAAACUGUGAAAGUGACUCCAACUCAGAAAACUCAGAAGUUUGGUUGGAAGAUUUCUUGGAUCAAGUAGAUGAAAAGGUGGUCUUCAAGCCCUUUGAUUUUGAUUUACUUGCAGCAGAAGUGGUGAAGGAAAUGGACAAGACAUUCCAGAGGACAGUAGGGUCCGAGGUCUUGCUUGAGAUCGAUGAAGAAGUGGUGGUGCAAGUACUUGCAGCUGCUUGGUUAUCAGAUAAGAAGAGAGAGGUGGAGGAUUGGAUUGAACAAGUUCUCAGCAGAACUUUUGCAGAAGCUCAGCAGAGGUACAAGCUGACUGCUAAGUCUAUUGUGAAACUGGUUGCUUGUGAAGGGCUUUUCGCGGAAGAGAAAGCUCCGGGAGUCUGCCUUCCCGCCAGAAUUCUUCUGAACUGAUUUUGUUUUUGGUUGUUGAAGUAUGCUUCUUAGUGUAAGUAAGCAUGUAUGUAUAAAGUUUUAGCAUCUAAAAAAAGCCCAUAUUCCAACAGGUAAUCAUGGCAUAGUCUUGGUGGAGCUGCUUCAGAAAAUUUUUAUGUUGUAUAAAAUACAGUUGUAAUGUUGCAUAAUGGAUCAUAUUCUUAGUUCACAUGUAAA